AUGUUGAUUAGAGUCCUAGCGGCACCGAAAUUAUCUGCUCUUGUCGGAAACGCACACAAACAACCAAGCGCGAGAGAGAUAUUCACACCGUAUCACCGCAUCACCUCAUUCUACGCUUUAACUAUUAACAGAUAUCUGUCACUGUCGAAAGAUGUAUCCCUGAAGGCCGUCCAGGUGGAGGCACUGGUGGUGAUGAAAAUCAUUAAACAUAGCUCCCAAGCCUUCCCUACUACUGCGACCGGAUCACUUGUCGGUAUGGAUGAGCGAGGUACUCUACAGGUCACCAACUGCUUCCCCUUCCCGGUUGUCGAUAUCCCAACCGAUUCCCAUUUCGAUAACUCUUCGCAAAAUCCGGCUGCUGUUGCUCCACGUGCAAAGGCGAAUACUAUUUAUCAGGGUGAGAUGAUCAAAAUGCUUCGAGAGGUGAACAUUGACGCCAAUAACGUCGGAUGGUACACGAGUGCGAACAUGGGGAAUUUUGUCAAUCUGAACGUCAUCGAGAACCAGUAUUAUUAUCAAAAGGAAUUGAAUGAGCGAACGGUGGCUUUGGUUCACGAUAUCAGCCGUAGUUCUCAAGGAGCCUUGGCUCUGAGGGCUUUCAGACUCUCUCCUCAGUUUAUGGCGGCCUUCAAAGAAAAUAAAUUCACCAGCGAACAGCUCCAAAAAUCCAACCUUCGAUAUCAAGAUAUCUUCGUCGAACUUCCCGUUCAAAUUCACAGCUCCCACCUUCUAACCACUUAUCUCCAUCAACUUCCAACUCCAACCCCUUCAGAGCCUUUGGAUUUCCCGCCCUCCCUUGACGCAUUGGUCAAUGGGCCCUACGCUUCAUCCUCACUAUUAGCACCCAACUAUGACAGUCUUUCCCUGAGCAUCGACCCCUACUUGGAAAAGAACUGCGACCUUCUCCUAGAAAGUAUCGAAACUCACCAUACCGAAAGCAACAACUUCCAAUUCUACCAAAGGUCGCUUGCCCGCGAGCAAGCUAAAAUCGCCCAAUGGCAGGCUAAGCGUAAAGCCGAGAAUGCCACCCGUACCCAACUGAAGCAACCCCUUCUGCCGGAGGAUGAAUGGCAACGACUCUUCAAACUCCCCCAAGAGCCCAGCAGAUUAGAGACUUUGCUAAAUACCCGACAAGUGGAGCAGUACUCGCGGCAAAUUGACAGUUUUGUGGCUGCGACAACGGGGAAGAUGUUUGCCGUCAAAGGUAAUUUGCUCCCUGGUGAAUCCCAGGUAUAA